UAAGAACACACGUUAACUUAGGACUUUGUAUAUUAACAUGUCUGAUUAAAUUUUAGAGUGUAAAAAUUACAAUAAAACUAUUUUCAGUGGGUAAAAUUUAAGUGGAAAAACACAUUGCUAAUCUCCUAAGAUGCCUGGAAAAGUGACAGCAAAAGUCGGACCUUCAAUUCUCAGUGCUGAUCUGUCCAACCUUAGUAAUGAGUCUCAACGUCUCUUGGACUCCGGUGCUGAUUAUUUACAUUUGGACGUAAUGGAUGGAAACUUUGUGCCAAAUCUCACGUUUGGACACCCCCUCGUGAAAUGUUUGAGGUCAAAGAUCAAGGACGCUUUUUUCGAAACUCACAUGAUGGUUAAUGAACCUGAACAGUGGAUUAAAUCAAUGGCUGAUGCUGGAGUGGACCAGUAUACAUUCCAUGUUGAGCCAGUUAAAGAUGUGCCAUCAGUUUGUCGUAAAAUUCACGAAGCUGGAAUGAAGGUUGGAGUAGCUUUGAAACCAGGAACACCUGUUGAUGUUGUGACUGAGUAUAUUGAUCUAGCUGAUCUAGUUUUAAUAAUGACAGUUGAGCCAGGAUUUGGAGGACAAAAGUUCAUGGAUUCUAUGAUGAGUAAGGUGUCAUGGUUGAGGCAAAAUUAUCCUAAUUUAGAUAUUGAAGUUGAUGGAGGAGUUGGACCAAGUACUAUCAAUGCUUGUGCUGAGGCUGGUGCAAAUAUGAUUGUGUCAGGCACAGCAAUAAUAAAUUCAAGUGAUCCAGCUAAAGUUAUCAAGGAUUUAAGAUGUACUGUUAAUAAUGCUUUGGAGAAGUGAUAAAUAUAAAAGUGAGAGUGUUAAUACAUUUGUACAGAUUUUAUAAAAAGCUUAUUUUUACAACUUAUAAAAUUAUUCUGAAGAAUUUGAAUAGUCUAUCUUCAAUGUUUUGUGGUCAUUUGAUACACUAUCAU